GUCUCCCAAGCAAAGAGGGCGCGGCGUAGGCAGCCCCAGCACGCCGCCGCCGCAACCCAACAACAACGAAGGCAGCCCAAAAAAAUGACCGACGACGACGGCGACGACGACACGAUGGAGGGCCGCCUGGCCCACAUCUUGGAGAGUGAUGCGAUGGACACCGUAGAUUUGUGGCUGACCAUCGUCGCUUGUCUAGCGGCCAUCGAGACGCUGUACGUCUGCGCGCUGGCAACAUACAGGUAUUCGAGGCGCAUCUACCACCUGCCACUGCAGCGGUGGACGAUCCGCGUUUUGUUGGUCGGGCCGGUCUAUUCGGUACUGAUGUGGGUGGCGCUGUGGUACCCGUCCCUGGAUUUCUAUCUGGCCGUGCCGCUGGGUUUUUAUGAGUGUUACGCGUUUUUCGGCUUCUAUGCGAUGCUCGCGUGUUUUGCGGAUGGCGAGGACAGAUUGGCAACAGCAUUAGGUUCCCUGAACCCGGGCCCGCCGACGGCCUACCUCUACCACCCUUUUGGUUUUAAUUGGUGUUCUUGUAGAUGCGACAACUACUCUCCCUUGUUUUGGGGCAACAUACAUUAUGCCGCUCUACCCCUCAAGUUCGGGAGCAGCCGCGAGUUAUUAAGGUUCUUAAAGCGGGGCGUGGCCCAGGCCAUGAUCGUCAAGCCCUGCUCGUUACUACUCAUGCUGACGCUGGAAUAUCUAGGAUAUGAAGAAUUGUGCAACGCGACGCGCUUGUUGAGCGUCGUCAGCUUCUGGUGCGUCGCGAAUAGCAUCACGCAGUUGUACCAUGCCGUGUUGCCGCGGAUCCGGGGCUUGGGGGGCGAACGACUUGUUGUUCUAUUACUGGUCAUGGUGUCGGUGCUCGCGAUCCAGGACGUCGUCAUCUCCAUCUUCCUCAUCCAGGAGGAGGCGAUCACGGCGCCGACGGACGCGCUGCCGACGCGGCUGGUGGUCAUACUGACGAUUCUCGAGUUUACGGCCUUCUCGACGAUUUUUUAUCGGCUCCUCCCGCCGGAGAAGUUCCGGACCUUUGCAAGACGUAGUGGCGCGUCGCCCGAGCAGUCGCCGUCGCACCAGAGCAUGUCCCUCAUGAAAUUCGUGGGCGUCGUCCUGGACCCGUCGACGACCGUGUGGAAAUCAAAAAGUGAGUUACGUCAACCUGAAGCCAUCGAGCAGAUGCAGUUACGGGGACGACGUCGCGGCGAUGGCUUGGGGCGCCCGAAAUUUGAUUUCCACACAGGUCGACGAUGUUCCGCAUCAACCGGGGACGCUUCGUCUCCGCCUACGAGAGCGCCGCCUCGG